UCUCUCUCCCUCUCCCAUGGCUGCCUCCUCCUCCUCAUCUCAUGCCACACUCGCCUAGAACCCCACCUCCCCCUUCCGAUCCCCGAGGCGAUCCUCCUCGAAUUCCCCGCGCCCCGAUCGCCGCCUGACCCCCCUCCGCCCAGAUCCUCCCCCCGGAUCGCCCGCCCGAUCUCCCGGCCGCGCCGAAUUUCCCCCCCACCGGGCGGCGCCGACCCCUCCCACGCUGUGGGGGGGUUUCUCGAGCGGGUUUGGGUGUUGCUGUUGGUGGUGGUGUUGUUGUUGGAGCGCGGGCGCGGGCGCGGGAGUGGGGGGUGGGGAGCGCGCGUUGAUGGGGGCGCCGAAGCAGAGGUGGACGCCGGAGGAGGAGGCCGCGCUCAAGGCCGGCGUGGCGAAGCACGGGACGGGCAAGUGGAGGACCAUCCUCCGCGACCCGGAAUUCACCGCCCUCCUGCGGCUGAGAUCCAAUGUUGAUCUCAAGGAUAAGUGGCGCAACUUGAGUGUCACUGCUGGAGGAUAUGGGUCAAGAGAGAGGGCAAGAAUGGCUCUGAAGGGAGGCAAGCGAGGCCCUAAGGCAAUUGCUGGACCAAUGGAUGUCGAUGAAAAGAUCCCAGACAAUGAUGAUAAUGCAGUCAUUGAUGCAAAACCAUUGGCAGUGGUUGUGGAGACCAUGCAGCUUGAGAGUAGUUCAGAGCCAGAGAAAUCAGUUGCAAGGCUUGAUGACCUCAUUUUAGAAGCUAUAGAGAAUCUUAAGGAGCCAUCCGGGUCUACUAAAACAGCCAUUUCUGCAUAUAUUGAGGAGCAGUACUGGCCACCUGAUGGUUUUCAGAAAUUUCUUUCUGCAAAAUUGAAGGCAAUGGUUGCCACUGGAAAAUUGAUUAAGGUGAAUCAAAAGUACAGAAUUGCACCAAGUUCAAAUUCGUCGGGUGGAAAGAACAUGAAGCUGUUUUCCACUGGAGAAAUGAACAUAGAAAAUAGUAAUGUUGGACAGCUGAGCCAGCCUCAAGUUGACGCUGAACUGGACAAGAUGAAAAACAUGAGCAAGGAAGAGGCAGCAGCAUUUGCUGCUAGGGCAGUUGCUGAGGCAGAAACAGCCAUUGCUGAAGCUGAAGCAGCAGCCAGGGCUGCAGAGGCUGCAGAGGCUGAGGCUGAUGCUGCAAAGGCUUUUCUGGAUGCUGUUGCAUUGACGAUGCAAAACAGAAAUCAUGCCUCUGCGGUACUUCGAGCUUGCUGAUCUUCUCUACGGAAUCAGAUUUGGUUUCAGCCAGUGAAACUUGUCAAGACAACGCUGGUGUUCUGCUACAAAGCUUUUGUUGAUAGAUGAGAUUCUUGUAUAGCCUUAUAGAUCAAGAUGCCUUAGUGAGGGGGGGUUUUCAACAUUUUGCUCUGGUCCUGAACCCUAACUACUCAUUUCAGUUUAUGUCAUCCAGUGGUCUCCAAAUAGAUAUAUAUCAAGUGACUGGUGUUGUGCUGUGUUAGACAAUCGACAACCCUAAUAACAAGGGCGAAUGAGAAAUUAGCCUGAAUUUCCCCCCUUUCCACAUUUUUGUACUGCUUUGUAAUUAGCUUUUUCUUUCUUUGGUCAAGCGAUGUCGUGAAAUUGAACUGUAGUUGGAAAGUGAAACAGAAUUGUACUUCCUCCGUUUCAUAAUGUAAGACUUUCUCGUAUUGCCUAGAUUUAUAUA